GCGAUUUUAAGCCGUCUAUUCUAGAUCCGAAAAUGAAGUUUAGUUCCAGCUUUCCAUCCUCAUCCGAUGCAUUUGUUCUUCUGUCGCUUCCCCAUAUCGGCCGAGCCGAUGCAACACUUCCCUGUGAUGCGACACCAUUUUAUGGAUUCUGACAUGGACUAUGAGAGACCAAAUGUCGAGACUAUCAAGUGUGUGGUGGUCGGGGACAACGCAGUUGGAAAGACCCGGCUAAUCUGUGCCCGGGCCUGCAAUGCGACGCUAACACAGUACCAGCUACUUGCCACUCAUGUGCCCACCGUCUGGGCAAUAGAUCAGUACAGAGUCUGCCAGGAGGUUCUAGAAAGGUCCAGGGAUGUGGUGGAUGAUGUCAGUGUGUCCUUGCGUCUCUGGGACACUUUUGGUGACCAUCACAAGGACCGCAGAUUUGCGUAUGGCAGGUCUGAUGUGGUGGUGUUGUGUUUCUCCAUUGCAAACCCAAACUCCCUCCACCAUGUGAGGACAAUGUGGUACCCUGAGAUCAAGCAUUUCUGUCCCAGAGCUCCUGUUAUCCUAGUGGGCUGCCAGCUAGACCUGCGGUACGCUGACUUGGAGGCAGUGAACAGAGCUCGCCGCCCACUGGCCAGACCCAUUAAAUCCAAUGAGAUAUUGGCGCCAGAGAAAGGCCGUGAGGUGGCUAAAGAACUAGGUGUCCCGUAUUAUGAGACCAGCAUAGUUGCUCAGUUCGGGGUUAAGGACGUUUUCGACAACGCCAUCCGUGCAGCCCUCAUUUCCCGCCGUCAUCUGCAGUUCUGGAAGUCUCAUUUACGAAAUGUUCAAAGGCCACUCCUCCAAGCUCCCUUCCUUCCCCCUAAACCUCCCCCACCCAUUAUCACCGUUCCCGCCCCUCCCAGUAACAUAGAAGAGCACCCUAGCCGCCUUCUGGAGGACCCGCUGUGCGCUGACGUCAUCUUAGUCCUCCAGGAACGGCAGAGGAUCUUCGCCCAUCGCAUUUACCUUGCCACAUCCUCGUCCAAGUUCUACGAUCUCUUCUUGACCGAACCACGUGUUUCUGAGGGGACCGAACGGGAGCGAGAACGACCCAGAGGACCACCACUUUCUGGCCGGGAUUUGCUGAUGCGCGCAGCUAGUUUUGACGUUUGUGAAAGUAGCGACGACGGAGAUAGAGCAAACUUGCGUUCUUGCACCAGUGAUGGAACUCUAAAAGGCGACGGAGAUCGCCGUGGUCGUCUGUUCCCUGCCUUGAGUCGUGCUUUCAUUAGCAUCCAAGAAGAAUUGGUGGAUGACCCCGUCACCUUCAACCCUAGAAAAAUGACUGUUGUGCACAUGGACCCUUCAAUGCAACCCGGUCCCUUCCGAUCCGUGUUGCGGUACCUUUACACAGGUAAACUAGAUGAACGUGAGAAAGAGCUAAUGCAGGUGGCUCACAUCGCGGAGCUGCUGGAAGUGUUUGACCUGCGUAUGAUGGUGGCAAACAUCCUGAACGAUGAGGCCUUCAUGAAUCAGGAGAUCACCAAGGCCUUUCACGUGAGACGCACAAAUCGAGUGAAAGAAUGUCUGGCCAAAGGGACCUUCUCUGAUGUGGUGUUCAGAUUGGAUGAUGGCACCAUUAUGGCCCAUAAACCACUGCUCAUCUCAAGCUGUGAUUGGAUGUCAGCCAUGUUUGGUGGACCAUUUGUGGAGAGUUGUACAAAAGAGGUGCUGUUUCCUAACACUACACGGAGCUGCAUGCGUGCUGUGCUGGAGUAUCUCUAUACGGGCCGCUUCUGCUCCCGCCCAGAUCUGGAUGCCAUGGAACUCAUUGUACUUGCGAACCGUCUCUGUCUGCCUCACCUGGUUGCGCUGACAGAGCUGUACACUGUGACGGUACUGACAGAGGCUGCUAUGAUGGGAGCUGAUAUAGAUGGAGAUGUCCUGCUCUACCUGGACAUGGCCCAAUUCCACUGUUCUCAUCAGAUGACUGAUUGGUGCCUCCACCACAUCUGCACCAACUACAACAGAGUCUGUCGCAAAUUCCCUCGUGACAUGAAGGCCAAAUCUACAGAAAACCAGGAGCACUUUGAGAAACAUCGCUGGCCUCCCGUGUGGUAUCUAAAGGAAGAAGAUCACUAUCAGCGGGCUCGUAAGGAGCGUGAGAAAGAAGAUUACUUGUACCAGAAGCGUCAGUGUAAACGCAGGUGGCUCUUUUGGCAUCUUCCGUCUUCAACUUCUUCUAGUUCUCCGUCUUCUGCUGGUUCCUCUGCAGUCAUCUGAUUGGCUCUCAGGGUGCACAAUCCACCUAACAGUCCUAAAUGUGGGAUAUAAACACACAACAAGGAAUGAUAGCCUUUUUCAACUCUACAAGAUUACCUGUUUUCUGUUGAGCAAAAUGCCCAAGCCCUCCUUUUAGCUGCUGAAGAACAAGCAAAAAUGAAAUAGGAUGUAGAAUGUACGGAAGACAAAACAACACAAGGCUUUGACUAAAAGUAUCUCUACUUUAGUUGUUGGAUUUUCAUCAAAUCAGCUUUGAUGUCCUCUUGUGGCAUCAUAUCCUGCGGUGGUAGAAUGCUGCUCUUACCUGUGUAAAGACAAUCUACACUCAGCAUCGGUUUCCCAAACAUAAUCAUCAAAAGCUACAUAUCUUCAUCUGUAUAGAAAAAUACAUGGCAGGACUGCACAUUAUCAUAACUUGAAAUGUUAAUAAGUGCUUUUCUGCUCCAAAUGAGAAGAACACACAGGAACAUUUUAGAGCAACCAGCAAACAUGAAACACAUGAAUUUCUCAGUGUUUUGGCAAUCUACUCUCAAACCACUUCAACAGACCGACGUUCUCAAGAUUCAAAUGGUGUCCACUGUUUAAUAUCUAAAGGUAUUAUUAAUGUGACAUUUAAAGAUGGCUGGUUAGUGGAGGGCCACGUGGGACUUAAGUCCACAGACAUUAUUUAUGGCAUAAUGUCAAUUACCACUGAAAAUAAUCGUGGAUACUUUAAGGCAUUUACCAAUGCCUUAAAGCAAUAAACAUUAAAAUGCUCACUGUAUAAAGAAUGUAUAGCCACAGGACUUAAAAGGAUAGUUCACCCAAAAAUGAAAAUUGUGUCAUCAUUUAC